GAUAAUCUGAACUGGGUGACAAAAAAGUUCCGGAAAAUGACAAAAGCAGGAUUUUGUACACGAGGGUGUUGCUUCUUCUAAUAAUCCAUUAAUUUUAAUUAUCAGUGACGUUGAUAGUUUUUCUGAUAGACUUGAAAGUUUUACGGAUUCGGACUGAUAAUUUGACACGCGCUAUCGAUUUUCAAAAAAUUGACAUACGAACAAGGAACGAUGUUGAUUUUCAUAAUCAUCUUGACUCUUGGGACCCGGAUGGAUGCCUUCAAAAUCUUAGUAUUGAACCCGUGGCCUUCGUACAGUCAUCAACGUCCGAUUAACGCGCUGAUAGAAAGGCUCGUCGAAGAUGGUCAUGAGCUGUUUGUCGUCAGUCCAAAUAUAAUACCGAGAUUGGAGAAUCACGUCAACUACUCCAUUGCGGACUUGUCAUACGUGUACCAGGAGAAGGAGAAUAGCAAGCAAGCCAAAACUUUAUAUCAAGAUGGACGACUUUCAAAAUGGGAUCUGCCCACUGUGAUCGCGAGUUGCCUGGGAAUUUUAAAACGAGAGUUUCAAAGUCAGCCAUUUCUUGAAUUUAAACGGCGCAUGGACUCGGAAAACAUAAAAUUUGACGUUUCUAUCGUUAAUUCGGCCAUCUUGCCAUUCCUCACCCCGAUGGCGCGAGUCCUGGCCGGAAACGCACCGAUCAUCAGCUUUUCUUCAUUCGUCAUGGAUUGGUUUUCCGAGGACCUCUUGGGCAGUACGGCUCAUCUGUCUUUCAUCCCGUCUCUCUUCAGCCACUUUACGGAUAAAAUGACUCUGUUGCAAAAACUCGAAAACUGGUUCGCCCAUCGCUACAUCGUAUCCAACUUGAGAGGGCGCAUGGAAGCUUUUGCGAGAGAAUUCAUUCGGGAAAAUUAUGGUGAAAUGAACGAGAGUCUCGUCGAUGCCUGGUGGACGAGAGUUAGCCUCACUCUGAUCGGUUCCAACUCUCUCUACUACUAUCCGAGACAGCUUGGCCCAAAUGUGAUUGAGGUUGGACCUUUGCAUUUGAAACCUCCAGGAGAAAUGCCGAAGGACAUAAAGGAUUGGUUAGAUGGGGCGGAAAGAGGGGUGAUCUACUUUAGUUUUGGAAGCAAUAUAAAGAGCAAGUCCUUACCCAAAACUGUGCUGGACAACUUCUUGAGCGUUUUCCGGGAGCUACCGGCUGGCUACAGGGUGCUUUGGAAGUGGGAGGCAGAUGGGAAAAUUCCGGGACAGCCAGAUAAUAUUUUAACCCAAAAGUGGAUGCCUCAGGACAGUGUGCUUGCUCAUCCAAAGGUCAGACUAUUCAUCACACAAGGGGGUCUCCAGAGUUUCCAAGAAGCAGUUCAUUAUGGAGUCCCCACCGUCGUCACACCAUGGUUAUUUGAUCAAGAAUGUGUGGCGGCUAAAAUGGUUGACGCGAAAAUUGGAGUCAAGUUAUCACCACAGAAUGUACAUUCUUUCGAAAAAGUCAAAUCUGCUAUUGAAACCGUGUUGUACAAUGAGAGCUUUUCGAGGAAUAUGCGAAGACUCUCAUCAAUAUCGCACGAUUUCACGUCCGGAGGAAUGGACAAAGCUGUUUUCUGGGUAGAACACGUAGCCCGUCACGGCGUGGCAUCUCACUUGCGGCCAUCCUCUGCUCAUGCGAGCCUUUUCGAAUAUUUCUGCCUCGACAUUAUAUCUGUGAUCUUAGUGCUUUUUUCCGUCCUUUUAUGUUUAGCUUUUCAUAUUCUCAGUUACAUUAUUAGAUAUCUUCCCUUAGUUUCUAUAAAAUUUGGUGAAAAAAUGAAAGACGCGUAACUUAAUAAUAUCAUCCUCGACCUUAAUUUUCUGUGAUCUUAUAUUGUCUUGUAU